AUGGGAGGCACUUCCCCUUGUGCUUCAUGCAAGUUGCUACGACGCCGGUGCGCGAAAGAUUGCAUCUUUGCUCCUUAUUUCCCUUCCGAUGACCCUCAAAAAUUCGCCAUCGUCCACAAGGUCUUCGGCGCCAGCAACGUCGGCAAAAUGUUGCAGGAGCUUCCAGUUCAUCAGAGAGCAGACGCAGUGAGCAGCUUAGUGUAUGAAGCAAAUGCAAGAGUUCGAGACCCGGUUUAUGGGUGUGUUGGGGCCAUAUCGUAUCUGCAGAAUCAAGUUUCAGAGCUUCAAAUGCAGCUCGCAGUGGCUCAAGCAGAGAUCCUGUGCAUCCAGAUGCAGCAGGAACCAGAACCAGAGCCAGUGAUGGAAAACCCAGAACUUGACCCCAAUCAGAAACCUUAUUUUCUCCAAAACGACAUCCCUCAUCAUCAUCAGCACCUUAACUCUGCGUCUUCCACCAGCAAUGUAAUUCAGGACUCUCUCCAGAGAGAGAGCUUCUUUGGACACGACAUGGUUUCUUAACUUGAAUUCCUCCCUUCGUUUUUGGUUCCAAGUUAUGUUUCUUUUCAUGGAAUAUGAAUGGGUUCUGUGCAGUUCUUUUAUUA